CCAUUCCCAACGACAGCACACAGGAAGCUGCACCACGCUACGGCACAGGCGUUGCGGCCGCCUCGUGACACAGUGAUAGUCACAUGCGUCGCCGCUGCCAGACGAUGGGAGAAUUCCUCUGUAUUCUAGUGCUGGCCCACACAUGGCUCCGCGAUGUAUCAAGUAGCAGGAUCGGUGUAUUCAAUUCUCUGCGCCACACCGACCAACGCCUCCUGCAAAUGCUUCACAGAGCGAUCCAUGCCACCAUACGUAUGCUAUGGGUGCUUUCAGACCCGACAUCGGCCAUUCACGAACGAUAUCAGAGUAUCUCAUGACAGAGGAACCACCGUGAGGAGUCCCAUAGCUGAAGAGUACCUGAAAAUGCCCGCCGUGCGCGUCAACGAUCUCUCAAGGGUGUUUCUAAUUCUGACAGCUCCAACGGAACACGGUGCCACAUCCAGUAUUCCUUUGAUAAACAUGUCUUGCAGGCGAUGAAUGAGUAGAUAUCAG